AGGGAAUGAUUCAUAACAUUAGAAACCCUUUGGAAAGAACUAUUUCAAUCCAGCUUCGGGUAUUAACAUAUUAAAGCCUGCACCAGGCCGCCUGCCGCUUAGUUCAUCUUCAUCUGCCACUCCCUUCAUACGAGCACACUCCCCUCUUACUUCGUGAACCAUCACCAUGCACAACUCACCAGAUAUCAGAUCGACACCUGCGUGCUCGAGCGAGGAUGGCAACUCGUUCGCUAUGGUCAACAGCGGCGUUCAGAGAAGCCAGGUACCCGUCGCUGUUGUCGGAAUGGCCUGCCGUCUUCCAGGCCACAGCAACUCACCCACCUUGCUCUGGGACUUCCUGCAGCGAGGAGGUAUAGCAAAGAACGAACCACCGGCUACGCGCUUCAGCCUGUCUGGGCAUCAUGAUGAGCACCGUCGGCCGCGAACCAUGAAAAGCCCUGGUGGCAUGUUCAUGGAGGACGUCGACCCAGAGGUCUUUGACGGGCAGUUCUUCAACAUCAGCCGCGUUGACUGCAUUGCCAUGGACCCGCAGCAACGUAUUCUCCUCGAGGUAGCCUACGAGUGCUUGGAGAAUGCAGGCAUCCCGCUCGAAGCCAUCAGUGGGAAACAGGUCGGAUGCCUUGUUGGCACCAACAUCGUGGAUUAUGCAUCCAUGCAGAGUCGUGAUCCCGAAAACCGCCCCGAGUCGGCGACGAUAGGCGUGGCUUGGUCCAUUCUGAGCAACCGAAUUAGUCACUUCCUAAACAUCCAUGGCCCUAGUAUGACGGUUGACUCGGCAUGCUCGGCCAGUCUCGUCGGGGUGGAGGUGGCCUGCCGGUAUCUCGAUACUCACCAGGCAGAUGGCGUGCUGGUUGCCGGCGCCAGUUUGUGGCUGACGCCCGAGCACAAUGAAGAAAUCGGAAUGAUGCGGAUGACCCAGUCCGCCACAGGCAAAUGCCACAGUUUCGAUGCCAAAGCUGAUGGCUAUGCCAAAGCUGAAGGCAUGAACGUUGUCUACCUUAAAAGACUGGACGAUGCGCUGCGAGAUGGGGAUCCGAUCCGCGCUGUCAUCCGAGGAACCGCCACCAACAGUGACGGCCGUACACCCGGUAUUGCCAGUCCCAGUGCCGAAGCCCAGUCGGCAGCCAUCAGAGCUGCGUAUACCAACGCGGGCAUCACGAACUUUAAUGAUACGCAGUACCUCGAGUGCCAUGGGACCGGUACACCGGCUGGAGACCCAAUCGAAGUCAAGGGCGCUGCCUCGGUGUUCGCAAACACCCGCGAGCCCGGUCAGGACCUUGUGAUCGGGUCUAUAAAGAGCAACAUCGGCCAUUCCGAGGCAGCAGCUGGAUUGUCGGGCUUGAUGAAGACCGUUCUCGCCCUGGAGCAUGGCAUCAUCCCCGGAAAUCCUACAUUCAUCAACCCUAAUCCCAACAUCGAUUUCGCGGGCUCUCGUGUUCGGGCUACGCGCACAUCCAUCAAAUGGCCCAAGACGACGCUCGACGUGCGCCGUGCGAGUGUCAACUCAUUUGGCUUUGGCGGCUCCAACGCGCACGCCAUUCUGGAGAAUGCCCCAUUCGCAAGCCAUGUGUCUUCCUACAAGAAAAUCACCUCCGACUUCUUUGGCGAUGACGAUGAUGAUGGUGAAUUGGUUGCCGCUCAGGAUGCCGCGCCAAAAGUCCUAGUCUUUUCGGCCAACGACCAGGUAUCUCUGAAGAAUUACAUCAGCACGCUCUCCGGGCAUUUGAUCAAUCCUGGCGUCGCGGUCAACAUGGAUGACUUGGCCUACACUCUCGCUGAGCGCAGGACUCACCACUACUACCGUGCUUUCCUGGUCAGCCACACCGGUAGCAGUAUAGAUCAGAGGCAACUGCAUUUCGGUCAGAAGGCUGCCUCAAAACCUCGAGUUGGAUUUGUCUUCACCGGCCAAGGGGCCCAGUGGUCACAGAUGGGGUCAGGCCUCGUCAAGGCUUUCCCGUUGGCAAAGGAGGUGAUCGAGGAGCUCGACCAAGUCCUCCAGAGACUUCCGGACCCUCCCACUUGGUCUCUGCUUGAGGAGCUGACCCAGGAGCGAAGCGCCGAAGCCUUGAGGCAGCCCGAAUUCUCCCAGCCUCUUGUGACUGCGCUACAAUUGGCUAUCCUCGAACUUGUGAAAGAAUGGGGCAUUCACCCCAAGGCUGUGGUAGGACACUCAUCCGGCGAGAUCGCGGCGGCUGCCGCCGCCGGCUUCAUCACACCUGACGAAGCCAUCAAGAUCGCCUACUACCGCGGUCAAGCGACGAAGAAGUUUCCGCCAAAGGAGCCACUGGGCAUGUUGGCUGUUGGCGUCGACGUUGAGACGGUUGAGAAGUACCUUGAACCCCAGAGCAAGGUGCAGAUAGCGUGCUACAACAGCCCCAGCAGUCUCACACUCUCCGGCACAGCCGCGGCCUUGAAGUCGCUUGAGGGGCGCCUGAAGCAAGACGGCCACUUUGCUAGACUUCUAUUAGUCGAUGCUGCGUACCACUCGGACUACAUGGCGCCAAUUGGGGAGGUGUAUGAGAAGAUGCUUCUUGAGAACACCACCAUAUCGUCAAGCAGACCCACAGCCAACAUGUUCAGUUCCGUCACUGGCGAGAUCCUGACACAAGCGCCAGAUGCAUCAUACUGGAAGAGCAACAUGGUUUCUCCCGUCCGGUUUACCAAGGCAGCCAAGGAGCUUCUCCAAGACGCGCAGGCCGGAGCCGACUUCCUGAUAGAGAUCGGUCCCAGCAAUGCUCUUUCAGGUCCCAUUGCUCAGAUCAAAAAGACACUGUCGGGUGCACCUGCAGACGCGUUUUACACCUCGGCUUUGAAGCGUGGGCCGGAAUCCGUCCAGUCCUUGUAUAGCGUCGCCGGCCAGGUCUUCCUGCUCGGCGGGCAUGUGGACCUCAGACAGGUCAACCGGACGCACACCUCGAAGAAGCCUUCAGUCAUUGUCGACCUGCCUAAUUACAUGUGGAACCAUACCCAGAAAUAUUGGCAUGAGACCCAAGCCAGCCGAGACUGGCGGUUCAAGAAGUUUAUCUACCACGAUCUCUUAGGCUCUAAGAUGAACGGCACCGCCUGGCAGUCCCCAAUCUUUCAGAAAACCCUUCGACUGGGGGAUAUGCCCUGGCUGCGAGACCACAUGAUGGGCAAUCAAAUCAUCUUCCCAGGAGCUGGUUACUGCGCCAUGGCAGUGGAAGCUAUGUACCAAGUGGCUAUGGUAACUAAAUGGGACGAGAAAGAGCCUUCCCGAUACCAGUUCCGUUUCCGCGAUAUCCGCUUCCUUCGCGCCUUGGUUCUCGAAGAAGACGAGCCUGUUACAUACACACUGGCCCUUACACCAGCGCGUGGAGGGUCCAUCCGCGACUGGUACGAGUUCCGCGUCUGUUCGACCAAGCAAACUCUUUACACCGAGCAUUGCGCAGGUCUGAUCUCAGUCGAAACUGACUAUAAGGAAACGCUGGCCCCAAGCGGGUCCCUGGAGCCUUUACAGCUUGCCACUCCAGCCAGCAUGAUCUACAAGGCGGUGCGGGAGUCCGGCUAUAACUACGGACCUUGCUUUCAGAAGCAUCUGUUGUUCGAGGCCACCAUGGGCAAGACCGAAAGCCGUUCGACUGUUGCAAUGGAUCCCCCGCCGUCCACGUACGGACAAUCAUUUUAUCCCAUCCAUCCCGCCAGUAUUGAUGCCUGCUUCUACAUUGGAAUCCUGGCCAUCUCCAAGGGCGACAUCCCACUUGUGGGAGCCGUGCAUGUGCCGCAGGUUCUUAGCAGUCUUGUGAUCCCCAUGCGCCGAGACCAGCCUGCAGAGGCAAUCGCUCUGGCAUCGGCGCGCUUCCUCGGUAUUGGACGAGAGGACCUUCACCGCAACUACGGUUCCGACCUGUCUCUCUAUGACCCGAGAGACGGUUCGCUCAUUUUCGAGAUGAAGGGCCUUACCACGCGUGAUAUCGAAACUAGCGAAGAGGAGGGUGCCAAGCAUCUCGUCACACAUCUGGCGUGGGAAGCUGAUCUUUCCCUGUUGUUAUCUGCACCGGAGCCUAAACUGCGGCAUUUCUUGAGAGAAACCGGCAAGACGACUCGAGACCUGAUCAAUCUUAUUGCACACAAGAACCCCACGCUCAAAGUUUUGGAGUUGAACAUGAGCCCCAGGGACACUUCGAGCCUGUGGGUUGAAGAAGAGCCCAACCCUAUCCGGGCCGCCGCUUCUCAGUACAGCUUUGCUGUGAGCGAUCCUACGACACUGGUUAGUGCCCAGAGCCUGCAUUCGUCUCACGCCCCAUCGGCCCAGUUUGUCUUGCUUGAUAUCACCAAAACCAAUGCAAUCGUAUCAGAUGUCAAAUUCGACCUCGUCAUUGUCAAGGCAUCGGAGCAUGUGGAUGUGACGACUCGCGACCAAGUAUUAGGCAGUAUUUCCCAGUCUGUGGGGACUGGAAGCAUUAUUGUGGGCGUUGGCGCCGGAAUUCCGCUCAAAGCGCUGGGAAAUGCUCAGUCACUCGACGACAAUGUUUCCAUUCUCCAAGUUGAACCCAUCGAAAAGGUUCAAGAUGUGGCACUCCCGACACUCAACUUCAUCAGUCUCACUGACUCCAUGCAUGAAGCGUCCAGCAAGAUUCUGGGACACAUCAUUCAGAACGGAUGGAAUGUCCAGAAAGUUCUUGUACCUUCUACCAUCUCUGUUGGACAACCUGUCCUUGUUCUUGACGAGCUGAUUAGCCCUGUCAUGGUCCACCCAGAUGCUAAACAAUGGGAAAUUCUGAAGCACCUCAUUCAAAAACAAAGCAAGAUCCUAUGGGUCACUUCCGGUGCCCAUCUCAGCGUAACCAAUCCCAACGCCGCGGCGAUUAGUGGGUUCUUCCGCUCCAUCCGUGCCGAAGAGGGUGUCCGCCUGGUCAAUCUGGAUGUCGAGCACCCUACUGGAGAUGCUACUGGUGCAGCCAUUGUCACCUGUCUUGGUUACUUACUCCAAGCUGAGCUCCAAGACCAGCUUGAGAGCGAGUUCGUCGAAAGAGGUGGCGUAAUUCAUGUUAGCCGAUUGCUACCAGACUGGGAGAUCACCAAACUUCAAGGCCAUCAUCCUAGCGACCGCAAGACUGAGGUGCUGGACAUCCAUGCUAGCCAGACCAUCAUCAACAUGGGCGCUGAGCGCCUGGGAGAUUUGGACUCCAUUCACUACCAUGAGCUGACGGCAGAGCCUCUUCCGCUCGAGGACGGCUAUGUCGAAGUUGAGGUAUACGCAGCUGGUCUCAAUUACAAAGACGUUGUUGUUACCAUGGGUAUUGUACCCGGUGAUGAGCGCGAAUUGGGCGGAGAAGCGGCUGGAAUCGUCACCAAAGUCUCCCCGAGCGUGACAUCGCUUCAUGUCGGACAACGCGUAGUGGUCUUCACUCCUGCCACUAUUUCCAAUCGUGUCCGUACCCGACCUGGACGAGUACAUGCCCUUCCAGACUGGAUGUCUUUCGAAGAAGCUGCCACUCUCUGCGGCGUCUACUUGACUUCCAUCUACUCUUUGUUCGAUAUGGCCAACAUAGAUGCCAGUAAGACCGUACUCAUCCACUCAGCGGCGGGUGGCGUCGGUAUUUCUUCGAUGCAGCUAGCCCAAUAUGCCGGUGCCGAGGUUUUUGCAACAGUCGGGUCUCCGGAGAAGAGGGAAUUUAUCAGAUCGACCUUCGGUCUGAGCGACGACCACAUCUUCAAGUCGCGCGAUACUUCCUUUGGUGACCAGAUCCUUGCCGCUACAGGUGGCCGAGGGGUCGACAUCAUUCUCAACUCCUUGACCGGUGACAUGCUGGAUGAAUCGUUCCGCAUUCUGGCUGAUGGCGGUAUCAUGGUUGAGAUUGGUAAGAAGGAUAUUCUGGAUCGUAACAGCCUUGCCAUGGAGCCGUUCGACCGCAACAUAUCCUUGAGGGCCGUAGAUAUGUCUCACCAGAGAGCCCCAGACCAUCUGAUUGCUCGCCUUAUGGACAAGCUCUUCGGACUGCUGGAGGGACGACACGUCAAGCCCAUCAACCCUAUUCACAUCUUCUCUUUCACUGAUGUUGCCAACGCGGUGCGAUAUCUUCGUGCGGGCAAGCACAUCGGAAAGGUUGUAAUCUCGGACGGACCCGAGCCGAAGAUUUCAGUUCCUGUCCGACGCGCUCCAAAGAUUCUUCGGUUCCGUGACAAUGCUACCUAUCUCAUUGUGGGUGGCCUCCGCGGUCUAUGCGGAGCCUUGGCCGUCUACCUGGCCAAAAGUGGUGCGAAGCACUUGGCCGUCAUCUCCCGGAGUGGGCACACGGACGAAAAGUCUCGAGCAAUCGUCAAGCAGAUUAGAGCCCUGGGAUCAAGCAUUGACCUUCUCACUGCCGAUGUGACUAGCAAGGGCGAUGUUCAGCGAGCCUUCAACCAGACAGCCUUUCCGAUUGGGGGUAUCAUCCAGGGUGCGAUGGUCCUCCGCGAUCGGCCGUUUGACUCAAUGAUGCUGGAAGAGUACCACCAGGCAGUGGCCUGCAAGAUUCAAGGCACAUGGAACCUCCACGAAGCAGCAGAGAGACUGAAUCUUGAUCUCGACUUCUUUACGAUGCUUUCGAGCAUAUCCGGUGUCAUCGGGCAGCGUGGGCAGUCGAAUUACGCCGCAGCGAACGUCUUCCUCGACUCAUUCGCCGCCUACCGCCGCCAGCGCGGACAAGCCGCCUGCUCGAUUGACCUAGGCGUGAUUGAGGAUGACGGAUUUAUCGCCAAUAACGAAGGGUUCCAAGAGAAGCACUUCGACAGCCGUACGUUCAAAGGCAUCAACAACGGGCUUCUCAGGCAGAUCCUCUACUUCUCCAUUUUGCAGCAGGCUGGUCAGUUCCCGAAUUCACCGUCGAAUACCCAAAUGGUGACGGGCAUUGUCGCACCGCAGCCCGCCGACUCAGCCCUCUUGCAAGACGCCCGAUUCCACGCACUGCAGUCGGGCUCCGGGGGCAAGGCAUCUGGUGAGGGUGGCAACAGCGCCAACGCAGACGUGCAGGCCCUUCUGCUUUUACUUCGUUCCAAGUCCGCGGAAACUGCGGCGCAAGUGGCAGCAACAGUUGAGGUCGUGAACAAGUGCUUCGUUCGCAUGCUGCGGCUAUCGGAGCCAAUGGACCCGGCCCGACCUCUGUCGGUAUACGGCAUUGAUUCCCUGGCGGCGGUGGAGGUGCGUAACUGGGUACGCAAUGAGCUAGGUGCAUUGGUCACUACUGUCGACAUUAUGAAUGCUUCCUCACUUUCAGCAUUUUGCGAAAAAGUUGUUUCAAAGAUUGUGCUUGGAUAAGCAGGUAGUUACUGAGUUUGCUUCCAACAUGGCCUUGAAGACCUAGAUAGUUUGAAAGUACGCGUAGGCUUCUUAGAUGCAAAAAUAACUGAAGUGCAGUACACAAGGUGCAGCGCAAAAAGCAUCACUGAGUAGCUGUAUAAUAUCUCCCUUAUGUCUUGAUACCCGAUUCCGUUUAGGUGUUUAUAAACAUUAUUUUCUGCUGGAGGAAUCCGCCGUUCGUUCCAUCGAAACCCCGAGAAUCGCUGAUACACC